CUACACACCUUCCCUCCAAUUACCCAAAAUUUCACAACCCUCUAAAUAUUUUUUUAAUCUGAUUUUUUUAACAUUUUUUUUUUUUUUUUUAAAUUUUUUUUAAAUUUUUUUUUAAAUUUUUUUUUUAACAGUUGAGAGAAGAAGAGAACUUCAAGAAACAAAAUUUUUAGAGAGAGAGUGGCACAUGGCAUGUGAGCACCAGCUGUUUCCUCCACUCCUCCCUAAGUCUUCUUCCUCUUAAUAUAUACACUUCUCUUCAUUCUUAAGACAGAUUUUUUACCUCUCUUUUUUCUAGUUUUUGUUUCUUCUUCUUCUUCUUCCUCAAAUUUAAUUUUCUUCAAGCUCUCAACUUUUUCAAUAAUGGCUGACUCUGAAACCCUAACCCAGUAAAACCCAGUAAUAAUUAGCUUAAUGAAACAAUACCCAGAAAAAAUGAAGCUACUUUACACACUAUUAUUGCUGUUUUUUCUCACCCCACCUCUGUUUUCCUCUGUUUUAGCUGCUUCACCUCCUCCAAAUGGUAAAAAUAGAGAUACCCAGAAAUUGUUGAGCUUUAAAUCUUCAAUCUUUAACCCAAAUAUCCUGAAAAACUGGCAAGAAUCAACUGACCCAUGUGAAUUUACUGGUGUUUUCUGCAAAAACUCUAGGAUUUCUUCAUUGGAUCUUAGUUCUGUUUCUAUUUCUACUGAUAUUUCUUCUGUUACAACCCAUCUUUUCUCUAUUGAGCUCUUAACUUCACUUUCUAUCUCCUCCUCAAAUAUAACUGGUUCACUUCAAGCUUUCUCUCUAUGUUCUUCUUCUCUCAGUGAAAUUGACCUAUCUCAUAACUUCAUUUCUGGGUCUUUUGUUGAUUUGUCUAGGUUUUCUUCAUGUUCUUCUUUAUCAAGUUUGAAUCUUUCUUUCAAUUUAUUGGAAUCUUCUAAAGAUUUGAGGGGUGCUCAUUUUGGGCUUUCUCUUAAAAGUUUGGAUGUUUCUGGAAAUCAAUUAACUGGGAAACAAGCUCUUCCAUGGCUGUUAUCUCAAGGGUGUGAAAACUUGAGUCAGUUGGUUUUGAAAGGGAAUAAACUUGAGGGAAGUUUUUCUGUUUCUGGGUGUUCAAGUUUGGAGUAUUUGGAUCUUUCUUCAAAUAAUUUCUCAACUCAAAUCCCUAAUUUUGGGAAAGAUUGCCCUAAUUUGAAGCAUCUUGAUUUAUCUUCCAACAAAUUUGAUGGAAAGAUUGAUAAUGCACUUGAUGGGUGUAAGAGUUUGAGUUACUUAAAUGUGACAAAUAAUCAAUUUGCUGGUGGAUUUCCAAUAUUACCCUCUUCAAGUAUGGAGUUUCUUUACUUGGGUGACAACAAAUUUCAGGGUUUAAUUCCUGAGAGUUUUGCUGAAGAAAUUUGCUCCACUUUGUUGGAGUUGGAUCUUUCCUACAAUAAUCUCUCUGGUAUGAUCCCAACUGGCUUUCAAUCUUGCAACUUGUUAGAAAUUUUUGAUGUUUCUAACAACAAUUUCACUGGAGAUUUGCCUGUUGAUGUAUUUUUAAAAAUGGGUAGCUUGAAGAGAUUAGAGCUAGCAUUUAAUCACUUUGAGGGUACUUUGCUUGAUUCUUUCUCCAUGCUUAGUAGUUUAGAAUCCUUGGAUUUGAGCUCAAAUGAUAUUGUUGGGAAAAUUCCACCUGGGAUUUGUCAAAAUCCUGAGGGAAAACCUAGCAACUUGAAAGAACUUUACCUUCAAAACAAUUUGUUUAGUGGCCCUAUACCAUCAACUAUAGCUAAUUGCUCUAAGCUUGUUUCACUUGAUCUUAGUUUCAAUUACCUCACUGGGAAAAUCCCAAGUAGUUUGGGUACUCUCACACAGUUGAAAGACUUGAUUAUGUGGAUGAACAGGCUUGAAGGGGAUAUCCCUUCUGAGCUUAUGUAUACGCGAGCACUCGAAAAUCUGAUUCUAGACUACAAUGAGUUAACUGGUACCAUUCCAUCUGGCCUGAUGAACUGCACAAACUUGAACUGGAUUUCGUUGUCGAGCAACAAGUUGAGUGGAGUAAUACCAUCUUGGAUUGGUAAAUUGAAUAAUCUUGCCAUCCUCAAGCUCUCAAAUAACUCGUUUUAUGGCGAAAUCCCACCAGAGUUGGGGGAUUGUAAGAGCUUGUUAUGGUUGGAUUUGAAUAGCAAUAAUUUGAAUGGGACUGUUCCUCCUGCCUUGGCGAAACAGUCAGGGGAAAUGGCUAUUGGUCUUGUUGUUGGGAAGAAGUUUGUGUACUUGAGAAACUAUGGAGGAAAGGGUUGCCACGGUACUGGGAAUUUGCUUGAAUUUGCCGGGAUAAGGUCCGAUGCUGUUGAAAGAAUCCCUACCAUGUGCAAAUUCCAGCAAAUUUACCAAGGUCAUACUCAGCCAAAUUUUAAUUACAAUGGUUCCAUGAUUUUCCUGGACCUGUCUUACAACAAACUCCAGGGUGGUAUCCCCAAGGAGCUUGGCAAAAUGUUCUAUCUGUCGAUAUUGAAUUUGGGUCAUAACAAUCUCUCUGGUCAAAUCCCCGAAGAGCUUUCCGGGAUGAAGAACAUCGGUGUUAUGGAUCUCUCUCACAACCAUCUCUCAGGUCUAAUUCCAUCAUCCUUGGGCAGUCUCUCUUUGUUAACGGAUAUGGAUUUAUCCAACAACAACCUCUCGGGUAUGAUUCCUGAAUCAGCACAGUUCGAGACUUUCCCACCUUCUAGAUUCUUCAAUAACACCGGCCUUUGUGGGUAUCCCCUGCCAGUUUGUGCUAAGAACCCGGCUGCAAAUGCAUCUCAGCAUCGGAAGCACGGGAGGCAGGCUUCCCUUGUAGGGAGUGUAGCAAUGGGGUUGCUGUUCUCUCUGUUCUGUAUAUUUGGGUUGAUCAUAGUGGGCAUUGAGGUGAAGAAGAGGAGGAGAAAGAAGGAAUCAUUGCAGGAUAUCUACAUGGAUAGUAACUCUCAAGCAGGCAACACAGCUUCUGCUUGGAAGUUUACCAGUAAUCGUGAGGCAUUGAGCAUCAACCUCGCCACAUUCGAGAAGCCCCUUCGGAAGUUGACUUUUGCUGACCUUCUAGAAGCCACAAAUGGGUUCCAUGAUGACAGUAUGAUAGGCAAAGGUGGAUUUGGUGAUGUCUACAAAGCUCAGCUCAAGGAUGGAAGUGUGGUCGCUAUCAAGAAGCUGAUACAUAUAAGUGGGCAGGGAGACAGAGAGUUUACUGCUGAAAUGGAAACCAUUGGGAAGAUCAAGCACCGGAAUCUUGUGCCUCUCUUAGGAUACUGCAAAGUGGGGGAAGAACGGUUGUUGGUCUAUGAAUACAUGAAACAUGGGUCCCUUGAAGAUGUCCUGCAUGAUCGAAAGAAGGUCGGGAUCAAGCUAAAUUGGUCUGCAAGGAGAAAAAUUGCCAUCGGGGCAGCUCGAGGCUUAGCUUUCCUUCAUCAUAAUUGUAUCCCACACAUUAUUCACCGGGAUAUGAAAUCAAGUAAUGUUUUGCUAGAUGAAAACUUAGAAGCAAGGGUAUCUGAUUUCGGGAUGGCUAGACUUAUGAGUGCAAUGGACACUCAUUUGAGUGUGAGCACGUUGGCUGGUACCCCUGGAUACGUGCCACCUGAGUAUUACCAAAGCUUCAGAUGUUCAACGAAAGGUGAUGUGUAUAGUUACGGUGUUGUCUUACUCGAGUUGCUUACAGGAAAACAACCAACAGAUUCAGCUGAUUUUGGUGACAAUAAUCUUGUGGGAUGGGUGAAGAUGCAUGCAAAAUUGAAAAUAAGCGAUGUAUUUGAUCCUGAGCUAAUAAGGGAGGAUCCAAAUUUGGAAAUAGAGCUCUUGCAACAUCUAAAAGUCGCGUGUGCUUGCUUAGAUGAUCGACCAUGGAAACGACCUACAAUGAUUCAGGUCAUGGCUAUGUUCAAAGAAAUACAAGCGGGUUCAGGGCUCGAUUCGUCAUCCACCAUUACAGGAGAUGAUGGAAGUUUCACUACCAUGGGAGGAAGUUUUAGCACCACAGUUGAUGUGCUAGAUAUGACAAUAAAAGAAGUCCCUGAAGGAAAUUUCAAGUGAUAACUAUCAUUUUUCUCCCAGUAAAUUCUUUGCAAAUUCACAAAGGAUCAGAAGAUCAAGAUGAAAGUGGUGUUUAAACUCCACAAAAAUUUUCCUAUACCAUUUGAAAAUGGUAUAAAACAGAAAUUUUUCACUGUAUCUUGUAACAAUUAAUGUAUGUAUAAUCAAAGACUUCUUUUUUUUUUUUUUUUUUAUACAUAGGUGGUUUUGUUAAACCUCCCUUUUUUUCCUCCCUAUUUUGGGUUACUUUGUAGUUUGUACAUAAUGUAUUAGAAAUGUAGUUUUAUUUUUCUUUGUUUGUUUCUUGCAUGGGCAAAUGAACACUGAAUCAGUUGUUUACUUUGUUGUUAGUAUAUCCGUGACCUCAGUUUGAUAGUGACCAAGUGUAGCAGGCUGUUUUGGCCAUUUUCUAUAGAAAGCACUUGAUUUGUAUUA